GACUAGUAUAUAUUUUUGAAUUAAAGUAACAAUAUUUUAUCGUUAAAAAAUAAAAUGUAAAAUAGAAACUCAUUAUUAUACCCUUUUUGUUUUCUUUAUCUUUUCUUUCUUUUCUCAUUUUCAUGGCGAUGGAUCAUUAACACCAAGAAACCUUUCAUUCCAUUCCAAUCCAUCCAUCACCCAAAAACAAAAAAUCUCUUCAAGCAUUUCAUUUGCUUCAUUCCUCUUGCUUAUCUCUAGAUCCAUCCUUUUCCAAUUUCAACCACAAUUUUUUGUUUCUUUUUUCUUAUUUUCUCAUAUUUUUCCCAAGAAAAUUUGGAAAAAAAAUAUGUUAACAAUGUGUGAUUUUAUUUAUAUGUGACAUUAUCAUCAUAAUCAUUGUUUGUUUUUGUUGUUGGUGUUUUUAUUUGCAUUAUUUGUAACAAACAUUUUCUUUUGUUGUUGUUUGGUUUCACCUUUCCUCUUUUGGUUCACGUGUUAUUGGUAACACAAGAACCACAAUCUUCAAGAUUUGAUUUUUACAUCAAUGCAUGGUUCAAAAUUGAAAAUUUCCUCAACCCUAUUUCACAUGUGGAUCUCAAUUUCACGGGGAAAUCUACAUUGGUUGAAAAUUUUACUUGGUUAGGUGAACGAGAUCUAGGGUUUUUAAGCUUCAUAAUUAGCAAUAUUUUGCUUGGGUUGGUUGAUUUUGAUUUUUUUUUCAUGGGUUCGAUGUAAAAGCUUUGGAAUUGGUGAAUUUCAGCUUCUGGGUUGCAAUGCUGAAGCAAAUUUUCAACAAGCUUCCCAAGAAGUCGUCGAAAACCGAUUCCGACGAGCUGUCACGUUCCUCCGAAUCUCCACGGGCUGCCGGUAAAAGCCAACAGCGAUCGAACGGUGGUGGUGCUUCCUUGAAACGAGCUUCUUCGUCGGCGGUGUUUCCGGCUAGCAUGGUUUCUGGGAUUGAACCUUUGGUGCCUUUUAAGGAUGUUCCAAAUGCUGAAAAGAUGAACUUGUUUGUGAGUAAAUUGAGUCUUUGUUGUGUUACAUUUGAUUUCACUGACCCUAGUAAGAACAUUGCUGAUAAAGAUGUGAAAAGGAAAACUUUGGUUGAACUUGUUGAUUUUGUGGCUUCUGGAUCAAUGAGGUUUAGUGAGCCUGCUAUUCUUGCAAUGUGUAGAAUGUGUGCUAUUAAUUUGUUUCGAGUUUUUCCACCUAAUUAUAGGGCUAAUGGUGUUGUUGCUAGUGGCGGUGAGAAUGAUGAUGAUGAUCCAAUGUUUGAUCCUGCUUGGCCACAUUUGCAACUUGUCUAUGAAUUGCUGCUUAAAUUUAUAUCUUCUUCGUGCCUUGAUGCUAAGGUAGCGAAAAAGUAUAUCGAUCAUUCGUUCAUUUCGAAAUUGCUUGAAUUGUUUGAUUCUGAGGAUCCUAGAGAAAGAGACUGUUUGAAGACAAUCCUGCAUAGGGUUUAUGGGAAGUUCAUGGUGCAUAGACCCUUUAUUCGGAAAUCAAUUAACAAUAUAUUCUAUCGGUUCGUGAUUGAGACUGAGAAACAUAAUGGUAUUGCCGAGUUGUUGGAGAUUUUCGGGAGUGUGAUUAGUGGAUUUGCUUUACCUUUGAAAGAGGAACACAAAAUCUUCUUGUGGAGAGUUUUGAUUCCCUUGCACAAGCCUAAAUCUUUGGGGGUCUACUUUCAGCAAUUGUCCUUCUGUAUUACGCAGUUCUUAGAGAAGGAGCCGAAGUUAGCAAGCAUUGUGAUAAGUGGUUUGUUAAAAUAUUGGCCAGUGACAAAUAGUCAGAAAGAGGUGAUGUUUCUAGGAGAAUUGGAAGAAAUUUUGGAAGGAAUUAGCAUGGUGGAGUUUCAAAGGAUCAUGGUUCCACUGUUUUUGCGGCUCGGGUGCUGCAUUAACAGCCUACACUUUCAGGUAGCUGAAAGGACCCUUUUCUUAUGGAACAAUGACCACAUUGUAAAUUUGAUUGCUCAUAACCGGCAUGCGAUCCUUCCCAUCAUAUUUCCAGCACUAGAGAGGAAUAUCAAAAGCCACUGGAACCCAGCUGUUGUAAACUUAACUCAUAAUAUCCGAAAGAUGUUUGUGGAGAUGGAUGAGAAGCUAUUUGUAUCUUGUCAUGCUCAAUAUAAGGAGGACGAAGCAAUUUUAAUAUUGGAAGCCGAGAAGCGAAAGGAGGCAUGGAAACAACUAGAGCAAGUAGCCAGUCUCAAGCCUGUAAUUGGAAAUACCGCUGUUUUAGUGUCUCCUUUGAUGACAUGAAUGACAUAUAUGAUAGCUAUGGUAUCCUCAAGAAUUGUGUGGUGGCAUUUUGGUUUUGGAUGCUAUGGGGUUACUUCUGGCAGCAAGAUGUAUCAAACAUGGUUUUGAUUACUACUGCGUGGUACGUAAUUUACCUUAUGGUUAGUAUUGAAAAAGACCAUGCAGUUGAUGUGGAUCAAACGAUUAUAUGUAUAAGAAUCUUGUUUGUAAUAUCUUCCUUCUUUCAGUGUAUGUACCAUCUUACAUUACAGUCCUCA